AAUUUGAGGCUCAUAACGACUUGAGUAGCCGUGUGUCUGUUACUCAUUGUUAGUCCAUCUCUCUCGUACUUGAGAUGAUCAAGUGGUAUAUUGUGGUGUGGCAAUAAACGACAAAUUAUAAUGGGUGAGACAAAGAGACAGUCAAUUGACUCAAAAGGUAUUGGCUUGGUAUAUCCAACAAUGUAUCACAAUCACAAUGUUUGAACGUGAACGUGUUGUAAUAAAAAAGUUGAAUUACCUUUAUCUCGCACCGAUAAUGGAGCUAUAUUGGCGUUAAUAACCCCAUGUUCGUUUAACGACGUUGCCACAACGACAGUGAAUCGUGGUGAAGUUCCUCCACUUGCAAAGUGUGAUUUCUAUAUUUGAACAUUUGCCCGCCAAGUAAGUUUAAUACAUGGAUCGGCGAUCUCAUCCAGUGUGGUUUUCGCGAAAUUCCAAAAACUAAUCUCUCUGUUGUCCUUAAAACUUACUAAAUCAUUCCAAAGAUGGGUUGAAAAUUUAGUGAAUAAAAAUUAAUAUCUAGAUUUAGGGUGCUCUGUGAUUGGGUGUGUGUGUGGACCAACAGGUGAACUACCAGGAUGGACGAGGCGGAUCAGGUACUUGUGGCAAAAGCGACUGCCAUGGUGAUCCUAUUUUUGGCCUCACUCUUAUUCGGUUUGGCACCAUUUAAAUUGUCCAAAUGGUGCAAAUGGGAAACAGAGACUGGCCGAAAGUCCAAAACUGGCAGGACAAUUGGUGGUCUUUUAUGCUUUGGAGGUGGUGUCCUGCUGGCCACCACGUUUCUCCACUUGCUCCCUGAAGUUGGGGCAAAUAUUGAUGCUCUAGUGGAGUCAGGUCAUCUUCCCGAGAUGCCUUUUCACACAGCUGAGCUACUCAUGUGCACUGGCUUCUUCCUCAUGUGCCUGGUGGAAGAAGUGAUACACAUCUAUCUGAGACGUAGUCAGAGGAAACAUUCACCACAUUCACCAGAAGAAGCCUUCGAGAGGGCUUCAAGACGAUCUUUCCGCAACGGAAGCAUAUCUACAACAGAUCUUGUAAACGGUGAUAAUGGUGAAGCUCAGAAGCAUCAAAUGACCGGAUUAGAAACUGUUCAUGCACAAAUUCCUACAGGUCAUACUCAUCUUCAUGGACACACACACCUGCCACAGUCUCAGGCUGAAACAGAGACGAUUCUCGUAUCAUCUCUGCGUGGCCUCUUGGUAGUUCUGGCACUAUCUGUGCAUGAACUCUUCGAGGGCCUUGCUGUAGGCUUGGAAUCCUCAGCAUCAACAGUGUGGUACAUGUUUGGGGCUGUGGCUGCCCAUAAACUUGUCCUGGCAUUCUGUGUUGGUGUUGAGCUUGUCGUGACACGCACCCGUGGCUUCCUGGCCGCUAUCUACAUCAUCACAUUCGCAGCUGUGAGCCCAAUUGGCAUUGGAAUUGGGAUGGGAGUGUCAGCAUCUGGAGAUGCAUCUGCCACAUCCGUUCCAGCUGCCAUUUUACAGGGCUUAGCCACAGGUACUCUUCUCUACGUGAUCUUCUUCGAAAUUCUCUCCAAAGAUCGUUCUGGUUUCAUAAAAUUCCUCGCCAUUCUCAUUGGAUUUGGCGUUAUGUUUGGCCUGCAGUUCCUCACCGGUCACGAGCAUAGUCAUGGUGAUGAUGAACAUGGGCACGGACACAGUCAUUCACGAUCUGCACGAGGCUUCCCCGACACAUCAAGUGCCAUUCAUUCUGCUGACUAAUCAGCAUGCCUAUCAUUAAUUUAUUCACCUGCCUCAACAUCUUCAGUCUAUGUAUGUUUUUGUACUUAUUUUUUUUCUAAUUUUACAAGGAAAAGAUCAAUAAAUUUUCUUAAAAAAAUACACCGAAAAUUUACUUCU